AAAAAAAAGUAGAGGGCUAUCAUGGUAAUUGUACAUGGUAUCUUCUUCCUCCACAUUUGGUCUGUAAACUUUGUAGUAGGAAACAGUUUAAUCCGUUAACCAGAAAUGAACUUAAUUCCUUCUCCUCCAUCUUCUUCCUCUUCUCCCACUUUCACACUCUUCACUCAGUCCAAAAACCCUAACUAUCUCUUAAAAUUCAACCUCAAAGUACCCAUUUUACCUUUCCAUUCUUCAUCUUCUCAUCUUAUAGCACCAUGUUGCACUAUCAAGGACUCAACUUCAUUGUUUGACAAAAAUGCCCCUCCAUCCGUAGAGAGUUCCCCAAAAGACACCAACUUUGAUGGAACCCUUGUGGUUCGCCGGCCGGUGAAGGAGUUUUCCGGCCAAAACUCCGAUGAGGUGGAGGAAAAGGAUGACAAAAUAGACGAAGAUGAACCAAAAGCUUCUUCUAUGGAUGCUGGUCUUGCAGAAUUUGCGAAGAAGAUGCCGAUAUUUGAACCUGGGCGGGUCGAAUCAGACUCAAAAGAGAAACUUUUGACUGUGAAUUUGGAGUUGGCGUUAUAUAAGGCAAAGGUUUUGACUAGAAAAUUUCAUUAUGAAGAAGCAGAGUCAAUACUUAGGAAGUGUUUAUGCCAUUGGCCUGAAGAUGGUAGACCUUAUGUGGCACUUGGGAAAGUUUUGAGCAAGCAAUCUAAAAUGGGUCAAGCUAGAGAGAUUUAUGAGAAGGGUUGUCAAGCUACUCAGGGUGAAAAUGCCUUCAUUUGGCAGUGUUGGGCUGUUCUUGAAAAUAAAAUGGGAAAUGUCAGAAGAGCAAGAGAGCUUUUCGAUGCUGCAACGGUUGCUGAUAAGAAGCACGUUGCUGCUUGGCAUGGUUGGGCAGUGCUAGAGUUAAAGCAGGGAAAUAUAACAAAGGCAAGGAAUCUGCUUUCGAAAGGUCUUCAAUAUUGUGGACCUAAUGAGUACAUAUACCAAACACUUGCAUUGCUUGAAGCUAAGGCAAAUCGAUGUCAGCAGGCUCGAUAUUUAUUCAAUCAGGCAACAAAGUGCAAUCCUAAUAGCUGUGCUAGUUGGCUCGCUUGGGCACAAAUGGAGGCGGAACAGGAAAAUUAUCGUACUGCAAGGAAGUUGUUUGAGAGUGCAGUGCAGGCAAGUCCGAAAAAUCGGUUUGCUUGGCAUGUAUGGGGCCUUUUUGAAGCUAACUUGGGAGAGAUAGACAAGGGAAGAAAACUUCUAAAGAUAGGCCACGCUCUAAAUCCAAGGGAUGCCGUUCUCCUUCAGUCUCUUGCAUUGAUAGAAUACAAACACUCAAGUGCAAACCGUGCUCGUGUUUUGUUCAAGAGAGCAUCUGAAAUAGAUCCGAAGCAUCAACCUGUUUGGUUGGCUUGGGGUUGGAUGGAAUGGAAGGAAGGAAACUUGAAUACAGCAAGACAAUUAUACCAAAAAGUUUUAUCAAUUAAUCUAAACACUGAAUCUGCGGCCAGGUGCCUCCAGGCAUGGGGUGUUCUGGAGCAGAGGGUUGGCAAUCUUUCAAAUGCUCGGAGAUUAUUUAGAUCCUCGUUGAAUGUAAGUUCUCAGAGUUAUGUGACAUGGAUGACUUGGGCAUCACUGGAGGAAGAUCAAGGAAAUCCCGAGCGCGCUGACGAGAUUCGUGACCUUUAUUUCCAGCAGCGCACAGAAGUUGUAGAUGAUGCUUCAUGGGUUACGGGAUUCUUAGAUAUUUUAGACCCUGCCGUUGACAGUUUGAAGAGACUCUUGAAGAUGGACCCAAAUUCAUUCCAAGUGUCACCAGAUUCCAUGAAAAAUAUUACCGGAACGAAGAAAAACAUGGUUGAUUAUUCUAGUGAGGAUGAUGAUAAUACCAACGAGGGUGAUAAAAGUGAGUUUGAUUUGGAUCGUUUCAUUAUGAAAAAGUUAUCCUUAGAUGUGUCAAAGUUGGAAGUUCAAUUGGAAACAACGAAAACGUCGUCCCCCAACAAAAUUUCGUCUCCAAGAAGGAUAUGGAGACCAGAUAAAAGUGUAAGUUCAAAAUACAGGUAAUAGUUGAAGGUUGAGCCUUGUGUAGUACAUAUCAGUGUCUCUUGAAUAGUUCAGUUAGGUUAUUGGGACUUAUUCUGUUUGUUUAAGCUGUUUUGCAACCUUGGACCAAAAAAAAAGGUAGUAAUCUCAUAUUAGCAUAUAAGAUGUUUUGUCAUGUGUUGAAGACAAGAAAUAUUUUGUAAUUUAAUGUAAACAAACUAUACUACAGACAGUAAUUGCACUUGUAGAGAUUGGUUUCA